UUACAAUUUACAACAACAGGGAUUAAAGGCGCGGCAGAUACUGUGGGCGGAAGCGAAGCAGUCGAGCACAGAAAAACAGUAAAUGGAGGGAAAAACCAAGGAAGAAGGGAUAAUUGAGAGGUGGGUCAUGAAACACCUUCUGCUAUACACUGGAGCCACCAGACACCCUUUUAUUCUCAGCAUUCGAGAUGGGUCUGUCGAUAUCUCCUCUUUCAAAAGAUGGCUGGAGCAGGAUUAUAUAUUUGUAAGAGAAUUUGUCCCUUUUGUGGCAAGUGUAUUGCUUAAAGCUUGUAAGAAUUCUGAGGAUGGUAAUGAUAUGGAAGUCAUACUGGGUGGUUUGGCUUCUUUAAAUGAUGAGAUUGCUUGGUUCAAGUCAGAGGCCUCAAAGUGGGAUGUUUCUCUUUCUAACACUGUUGUCCAUAAGGCAAACCAAACUUACUGCAGAUUUCUGGAGAGUUUGAUGUCACGAGAAGUUGAAUAUGCACUGGCCCUUACAGCCUUAUGGGCCAUCGAAGCUACAUACCAAGAGAGCUUUGCUCACUGCUUGGAAGAUGGCAGCAAAACCCCACCAGAAUUACAGGAAACUUGCCGAAGAUGGGGCAAUGAAGGUUUUGGGGAAUAUUGUCGUUCUCUGAAGAAAAUUGCAAAUCGAUACCUUGAGAAGGCUUCAGCUGAUGUGAUUGCAAAAGCUGAAGUAACUUUACUGCAUGUUCUUGAACAUGAAGUUGAGUUCUGGAACAUGAGCCAUAGGGGUACCUGAGAUUUCCCUUCAAAACCUGAGAGUUUCUAGAGGUUUUUCUCUGCAUUUUCAGUGAUGUGGUGAUGUGAACACUAUAGCCAAUUAGACUUGUUGUGUUUAUAAGUUGUGCAAUUUCCUAUAUUAACAUCAUUUUGUGAGAUUAUGAUCAAAGAGCUAUUCCAACCCUCAGUUCUCUUGUUUCUAAAGGUAGUUUAUAGUGGUCAGUGGUGAUCAAUUUCACGUUUCUCUGAUUCAAAUGUAAAAACUGCAUUUGGAGGGCAAAAGUUCUUUUGCCCUUGUAGCGUGCGCUUCUCCUUGUGUUCUCAACUCAACUUUUGGAUUGAGGUUACUUAGCACUCCUCUUAA